AUGACUCUCCCAAAUAUUUCAUUACUUCUUAAAACGUUUUGCUGCUUACUUACGAGUAGAGAACUUGGUGGUGAAGCGAGAAAUAGUGAAGGAAAAUGUUUAGAAGGUAAUGAAGAUUUAUGUCGAAGCUACUUGUGUCUUGAAACGGAUAAGAUAAAAACUCAAAAAUUGUGUCAUAAAAACAGGGAUUAUAAGUUGGAAUGCAGCUGUAUUCUCUCAAGCUGUAAACUGAACUGA